UCGUCGGGCCACUACAUGUUCCCGAAUCUUUGACCUUAGGGCUCCUCUUUAUAUUAUUGUCAUAGCCCAGACUGUCCUUCCAAUGCAUAAAGCAUCGACGCCGCUAAUCCUUGGCAAAAACAUCCCACAACAACAACAACCCCAAUUACGACGAACUCAACCCGAUCAUGUGACCAAAAAAGAAAGUUCCGGGACAGGUCCCGCCCCCUCCAGAACUAUAGACUUUACCGUUUGUUUAUUACAGUAAGCAACUAAACAGAAAGCUCUCGAUCGCUACAGUAUUCACACUUCAAGUAGUAGGCCCUAGUCAUCGGCCAAACAGGAAAGGAAAGCCACUCCUAGUCUUAACAGAUGGGCCCUGUGUCUCUGCAACAUGGUACGGUCUUCCAUUGCCCUACGGCCCGCCCCUGUGCGCGAGUGAGCGAAUCGGGGAACGUAACUAAAUACGUAGAAUUCUCCACUUCGUGUACGAUUCACUGACAAGUACGUCCCGCGUGCUGGGUAAGUUAUAGCUGCCAAUGAAGACUAGACAAUGGCUGUGAAUAGCUCAGUGUUAGUUUAUGCUACGGCCCUUAUUAGCAUGUCUCUGUGGUGACGGCUAUUGAUAGAAGAUGUGCUUCUCUGCAAUACUCGGGGACUUGCGUGCAUAGUUUCUUUUACAUCCUAACACCCCCCCGCAACACGAAUAGAUUGGACGGACCGGGCCCCGCCCACACCUCACUUGUCACUUCAUGUUGUUGUUUUGCAGGCGCAGUCCCAGGUGCUGGCUUUUCCCAUGGCUCUCUGCGGGGAUGUAGGAGCCUCGUCCCUCCCCAGCGAGCUGAUUGUCCAUAUUUUUUCGUUCCUGCCGGCUUCUGACCGGCUCCGGGCCUCCGCUGCUUGCUCACGCUGGCGGGAUUGUCUCUUCUACCCGGCUCUGUGGCCUGAACUCCGCCUGGGCCUGAGAGUGUCCGCUGCGGAGCGUCCUCGCCUUGAAUUCCUCAUGAGAAAAUGCGGGGCCUUCGUGCGUGAGCUAAGACUUGAAUUCGCAGCGGAAAACUACAGUGCAGGCGGAUCCGCUACCGCUGAGGCGUCAGAAUCCGACGCGACGCCCCCGGCCUCCUCCUGCUGCUGCACCGCAUACUCUGAGGGGGAUGAUGGGGCCCGGGUGGGCCUAGGGAAUGAAACAGAUGCGCAGCCUUCUUCCCGUUGGCUGGAUGUGUUGCGCACUUACCUGGAAUUGGUGCUCUGCGUGCUCCGUAGCGUCAGGAAUAACAGGAACCUCCAGAAGUUAAGCCUUUUUGGUGACAUCAGUAUUUUGCAACAAAAUGGCACUAUAACAAAUACUUACCUAAAUAAGGUGGACCCCGGUGGGAAAAAAAUCAGGCAGAUACAGCAAUACUUUGAAGAAAUAUUAAAAAACAGCAGGCAGUUAAAAUGGUUGUCGUGUGGAUUUAUGCUUGAGAUUGUUACACCAACAUCUUUGUCAUCGUUAUCUAAUCCAGUUGCCAACACCAUAGAACAUUUAAGUUUACUAGACAAUCACACUCCUGCUAAUACCACCCUGGUAACUGCUGUUGAGUUGGAGCGCUUUGUUAAUCUCCGCUCUCUUGCUCUGGACUUUUGUGAUUUCACAGCGGAAAUGGCAAGAGUGUUGGCCAACAACAACCAUGUGCCUUUGCAUAGACUGUCCCUUCUGGUUCACAACACUUCACUUAAAAACAAGACCCUGGAUAAAAUGCCAGAAGAUGACGAUUGGAAAGCCCUUACCCGAAAUAGUGGCAAUCUCCGCGUCUACAUGAUGGCUUUUGAUGUCAAAAUUGAUGAUAUGUUGAGGAUUCUAAAGCCCAGCAUACCUCUAGAGAGAAUUCACUUUGACAGCUACAUAACCUGCGUAUCAGGAGCAGUUGUAGACCUCAUCUCUAGGCAGUAUGACACGUUCCUUACUCACUUCAUCUUAAUGAAUGAUGUCAAUGAUAUGUCUGGCUUCCCAGAUCUCGGUGACAAUAGGAAUGAAGAUCCUUUGGUCCUCUUGGCUUGGAGAUGUAUGCGACUCUCUCUUCUAGCUGUUCAUGGUUACACAGUUUGGGCACAUAAUCUAAUAGCAAUUGCUCGUCUUCGUGGGCCUGAUUUGAAAAUGUUGGAAGUGACGGAAGAAAGCAUAGACUUUGAUCAAAGUGAGCUGGCAGAUCAAGAUGUGGAUCCAGUACAUAACCUUAUAGAGCAGGUAUCGAUAGGACUUGCACGACCCUGGCGUGCCGUCAUGGACAUAGAGUUGCUCAGUGUAUUCACAGAGCCUUCUCGCCAUUUUUACAGAGAGAUGCAAAACUUCAGUGAAGGCAUUUAGUUUCCCCCCCCCUUUUUUUUUUUUUUUUUUAAUUAUCCUAGAGGUUUCCUGUGCAAAAUAGGGUCCUGUUCUUUUUUUUUUUCUCAGUAGCGUGAACUAAUCCUUCGUGCUGUGUUUAAUCAGUAUUCGCUAUAUAAAAUUGUAUGUGUGUAUCUUCUUGAUCAAAAAAAAAGGAAAGUCGGGUAUUGGUUUAGAAGUCAAAAGUGACAUUGUUCAGGGCUUACGUGGUUAAAGUACGCUUGGUCCUCAAAUACAACAGUUGUUCAUCGAGGGAACCGCGGCUCUAACCAGAAAGUGUAUGCAGCCCGCUGGUGCAAACGCAAA